AUGCAGUAUGAAUUUCAUAUGAAUAAUAAACACGAGAAUAAUGAUUUCAUUCAACAUAAACGUUACAAGCAUUCAAUGCAGAAUAAGAUGAUGAGCAAAAAUCGAUCAAUUCUAACACGAAUUCGACAUAUGUUAAUCAUAAAAGUAUACACGAACGAUUCAACGCAAAGCGAAAAGAGAGUGAACGAAUUGUUUGACCUGGCCAUUUAUGAUACGUGCCAGGAAGAUUACUAUCUGCUUCCUGAAGGUUUUCAAUACGAUUAUAAGAUUUUUACCAACGGUUCUAUAUAUUUACCUUAUUAUGAAAUAUUUGUUGAAUCGUCAUCAUAUUGUCUCGCCGUCGUCAACGGGAGUGAAUUCCAAGUGAUUUACUGUUCCGAAACUUAUGACAAGAUCGAGGAGAUAACUGAUAAUGAUGAGCCCUUGAAUUCUGACGAAAAUAUUUUGAAAAUAAGUGCCGAUAUAGUAUGUAUAUUACUUUUGGGGUCAGUAUUUCUGGUGUAUUCCAUAUUGCCAGAACUCCGAAAUAAACACGGCUUCAUGUUGCGCAAUUAUAGCGGUGCCCUGACUGUUGCAUACGGAAUUGACUUUGUCAAUGUAAUCAAAUCGAAUGAUGUACAGUAUCAUGUCUGCGUUACAUUAGCCUUUUUAAGAUACCUUUGUUUUAUGACGAGUUUCUUUUGGCUAAAUAUAAUGAGCUUUGAUAUGUGGUGCACAUUCAGAGAAUUCUAUUCGUUACAAAGAAACGGCAGACAACGAGAAAAAAGAAAGUUGAUAUAUUAUACGAUUUUUGCGUGGGGAUGUCCCUUUAUGCUCGCUAUUUUAUGUGUCAGCAUGGAUUUUCUUUCCGAGUAUGUAAAUGUACCACCGAUUUUGCGACCGGAAUUUUAUUUAUAUUGCUGGUUCAUUGAGACUGGUCCGUAUAUGUUGUAUUAUCAUGGGAUCAGAAGUAUGUGCAUCAUCUUUAGCAUUUGUUUUUCCAUAUCUACGGCAUUAAAAAUUGCGCGUUGCAAAAAGGAUACGAGUCUUCGUCUGCAAAAUUCGGAGAGCAAGUGCUAUAACGAUAAUAAAAAAUGGUUUAAUCUAUAUCUGAAGAUAUUUAUUGUGCUGUUUAUCGUAAUAGGCAUAAGAUGUCUUAUGAUAACAGCGGAUGAAUUAUCUGGAAAUGUAUCAAUUUACAAUGCGUAUGUUAUUAAUUUGUUGGACAUUAUGCAGAAUCUAUGCACCUUUAUCAUCUUUGUGUGGAGAAAAUAGAUCAAGUGCAUGUUAUUCAAGCGAUUCGCCUGCGGUUUGUUGCCAAAAUUCGAUCUGAAUCGAAUGCAACAUUGUCGAGCAUUCUUACCACGUCAAAAGCAAAAAUCAUGCGGGAGAAGAUGAUUUCUUCCGGACGAGCAAGUAGUCACAGUGAUAAGAUCGACCUUUAAUUUUUAUUUGAAAAUUAAAAUCAUGUUUAUUUGUAUUGAUCUUUAUGUUUAAGAUUAAUAAUUAUAAUUCGCACAUAUUUUCGGAUUUCGUAGCAAAAGCAUAUUUUGUCUCGUUUCUUUUUCA